CCAGUAUCUCCCGUCCACUCAUUAUGCCAUCAAAGAUAAGGGACUGAUAUUACAUGCCUAUCCAUGAUGCGUUUGACAGAACCGUACUCACUUGGAUUGUGGUCCGGAGAAAUGCCAGUUCCCAUACGGUUUCGGGACUGUCGCUUUGUCCCUGGCCCAAGAUCAUCAAUGAAAAAGGAGAUGGUACCUAGGGAGGUAGGGGAAGAGGAAUUUCCCACAUACCAGCUCUUUGGUAUUGUUCUUUUUAGACAAUACUAACGGACUCGACGCACGGAUAAUGUCUUUGAGCCAACAUCUUCUGCGACUGUGUCGACCAUGAGUUCUCGGAAUUACCCUGCAUUACACGAGAAAGAUUUCAAAAUGGUGGUGAGCGAGUAUACCAUGCACUUUGAGGGGACGGGUGACGAAGACGACGACGACGACGAUAACAAUAACAACAAGGACCAGACCACAUGUCCUUCUCGACAACAACGAGAUGACAAUUCAAGUGGACGAGAAAAGGACGCCGUUCAUUUCAGCGACUCGUACUACGAAUUCGCGACGGCCGCGUACGAAAUGAAUUGGAGCACUCGAUUCCACUACGCCCCCUUUUCGCCCACCGACACCCUACACUCGGCCCAAUGUUUCUACGAACACCGCGUCGCGUUGCUGCUGGGUCUCAAGCCGGGGAUGAAGGUGUUGGACGUGGGAUGUGGCAUCGGCGGACCGGCGAGAGAGAUGGCGAGGUUCACGGGUUGCGAGGUGGUCGGUAUGAGUAUCAACCAGGCCCAGAUCGACCGAGCCAUCCGGUUGACGGCCGAAGAAGGAUUGACGGAUAAAUGUACUUUUGUCAGGGGUGAUUUUUUGAACAUGCCUUUUGCUCCUAAUUGCUUCGACGCCGCUUUCGCCAUAGAAGCCACAUGCCACUCACCCUCUUUGUGUGCGGUCUACACAGAAACCUGUCGUGUACUGAAACCGGGCGCCACGUUCCUGGUGAGUGAAUGGGUAUUGACACCCGAGUUCGACCCCUCAAACGCCAAACACGUCGACAUGAGAAGGCGCAUCGAAAGGGGCAACGGUGUCGUCAAUCUACACACCAGCCUCGAAGCACGAGAGGCAAUGCUGUCAUCUGGAUUCGAUCCGGAACAUGAAGAGAAUUUUGCAAACUACCAUGACUAUUUGAGACGUCGUCGCGGUACUGCUCCGAACAAUCAGACCGUCAUCGAGGACGAGGGAGGAGUACAACGACGACAACGUCGACGACAACAACAAAUCACUUCUCCUGUUCUGGUCCCAUUUUCUUCAUCUCCAUCUCCCGCGACGUCGUCAUCCUCGACCUGGUCGUCACCACCAAACUACCGCCCCGCUCCACCUUCUUCGUCAAUCUCUACGACCGUCUGGGCAUCUCCGAAACACCGAGAAUGGUGGUGGAUGUUGCAGGGUCGCACCGGCCUGGCGACGACCUGGACCGACUGGUGGACGACCUGGAAAAUGUCCCCUUGGGCCCGGAGAGCUUGUUACUUUCUGGUCUGGUCGCUCGAGAAGAUGGGGUACCGUCGCGCCCGGGGCGUGUGCGAGGCCAUGGACACGAUGGCCCUGUGCGUCGACAGCGUCGCCGAGGCCGGGAGGGAAGGGAUCUUUUCGCCCGCUUGGUGGUUCUUGGGGAGGAAGGAGAAGAAAACACCCCGAGACCUAAAUAACAUCCAGUCGAUAGCCCAGUAA